GCACAUACAAUGUGACAACACUUCCAAUCCACUCAGAACAACCCUCCCUCUCCAGCAGAGAGUAUCACCUCCUGAUUUAGGAUCAUCAGGCUCUGUUCACUGGACCUGACCCUGCCUGCAGGAUUACAUUGCAAAGCUUUCACUCUUCCCCACCUUGCCUGGGGGUAAAUCUCUUCUGCGGAAUCUCAGAAAAUCAAAUUCCAUCCUAAGAAUAUUUCACCAAGAAUUUCCUUAGAAGCUGUGCUGGGGUUCUACGAUGACACAUCAACCACUUGUGAUGCCACCUGUCAAAUCUUUCGAUGGCCCUACCUUCAGGUCAUGACCCCUGGAUUUAAGAAAUUCUUCAAGACAACAUCAAAUAUGAUCCGGGGGAAAAUGUGAUUUGAGUCUGGAGACAAUUGUGUAUUUAUUUUUUUAAGAAGAUUAACUAAUAAUAAAAACCCAGUAUAUCUGAUAGAAGAGAAACGUUAUUUGGAAGAUUACUACAAUUAAAAAGAAAAGCUGUCUACGUGAGUCAUUGUUUGAUUUAUAUUGUACAGCAUAUUUAAUUUUGGCUUCAAUGAUGGAGAAAAAAUGUAUCCUGUAUUUUCUGUUUAUCUUGCCUUUUUUUAUGAUUCUUGACAUAGCAGAAUCAGAAGAGAACAUUGAUGACUUAACUGAGUUCGGUGUCUAUACUAGAAAUAAAAUCAUGACAGCUCAGUAUGAAUGUUACCAAAAAAUUAUGCAAGACCCUAUUCAGCAAACAGAAGGCAUUUACUGUAACAGAACCUGGGAUGGGUGGUUAUGCUGGAAUGAUGUUGCCGCAGGAACCGAAUCAAUGCAGCACUGCCCUGAUUACUUUCAGGACUUUGAUCCAUCAGAAAAAGUUACAAAGAUCUGUGACCAAGAUGGAAACUGGUUUAGACAUCCAGAGAGCAACAGGACAUGGACAAAUUAUACCCAGUGUAAUCUUAACACACACGAGAAAGUGAAGACUGCACUGAAUUUGUUUUACCUGACUAUAAUUGGACAUGGAUUAUCUAUUGCAUCACUGCUUAUCUCACUUGGCAUAUUCUUUUAUUUCAAGAGCCUAAGUUGCCAAAGGAUUACCUUGCACAAAAAUCUGUUUUUCUCCUUUGUUUGUAACUCUGUUGUAACAAUCAUUCAUCUCACUGCAGUGGCCAACAACCAGGCUUUAGUGGCCACAAAUCCUAUUAGUUGUAAAGUAUCUCAGUUCAUUCAUCUUUACCUGAUGGGCUGUAACUACUUUUGGAUGCUUUGUGAAGGCAUUUACCUACACACACUCAUUGUGGUGGCUGUGUUUGCGGAAAAGCAGCACUUGAUGUGGUAUUAUUUGCUUGGCUGGGGAUUUCCACUGAUCCCUGCUUGUAUACAUGCUGUUGCAAGAAGCUUAUAUUACAAUGACAACUGCUGGAUCAGUUCUGAUACCCAUCUCCUCUAUAUUAUCCAUGGUCCAAUUUGUGCUGCUCUACUGGUGAAUCUUUUUUUUCUAUUAAACAUUGUACGUGUUCUCAUCACCAAGUUAAAAGUUACUCACCAAGCGGAAUCCAAUCUCUACAUGAAAGCUGUCAGAGCUACACUUAUCCUGGUGCCAUUACUUGGCAUUGAAUUUGUGCUGCUUCCGUGGAGACCUGAAGGAAGGAUUGCAGAGGAGAUAUAUGAUUACAUCAUGCACAUCCUUAUGCAUUAUCAGGGUCUUUUGGUUUCUACAAUUUUCUGCUUCUUUAAUGGAGAGGUUCAAGCAAUUCUGAAAAGAAACUGGAAUCAAUAUAAAAUCCAAUUUGGAAACAGCUUCUCCCAUCCAGAUGCUCUUCGCAGUGCGUCUUACACAGUGUCCACAAUCAGUGAUGGUACAGGAUACAGUCAUGACUGUCCCAGUGAACACUUAAAUGGAAAAAGCAUCCACGAUAUUGAAAAUGUUGUCUUAAAACCAGAAAAGUUGUAUGAUUGAUAAUAGAGGGAAUGCUGUUUAACUAUUUUGGGUCACUCCUAACUCAAGGACUUGGAUCCAUGACUUUACAACCAGAAGACUUCAAUAUAAAAUGAAUUUCUUGAAUACCACAAAGAAACGCCUCACAUCAAUUCAGUAGUAUAUUGUUAAAUGUUUAACAACUAGCCCUUUGGGAGGGGAAAAAACCCCUUGAUUUGUAAUGUUUUUCCAGUUUCUAUGGUGUAUUCCCACCAGGGCUAAUUUCGGUCUACCAAUCUGACAUCACUGAAUGUGAAACUGGGAAAAGAUGAGGACAGUCAACUCUUGUAGGCUGGCAUGUGUCAGCUCUAGUACACCACUGCACGAAUUCACAUGUGAAUAAGACUGUAAAGUUCAUAUACGCAUCGGGCGUGAUUCUACUCUUGUUGGCUAAACAGGCCUAGCUGAGGCCUAUAGACUUAGAGGGAAAAUUAACUUUUCAUUUGUUUGUUUUAAAAAUCUUCAUCCCAUAUUCAUUGGUGCAGUUGAUUUUUUUUUUAACCAAGUAGGUAUUCUAACCCUUUUUGUAUUUACCCUUUCAAAUGGACUACAUAAAGAGGUAAUUAUUUCUGUUGGCUUAACCACUUCUCCCCAAGAAAAGCAAUAGAGUAGAAUUGCUAUUGGCUACUCAUUGGCUGAUACAUCACAGUUAUAUCCAAUGUCAUAUCUGUUUUUGACGUUUGAUGAAUAGUAUGUCAGAUAUACAAUCCUACUUUGGCAUCAUCAGGGGGAUAUCUUGGUUGAUAUUACAAAGCAUCCUUGUCAGCUACUUUCCUAUCUUACUACACAAGUGGGAGGGAAUCAGUUUCCCUGUAUCUGUAAAUAGAAACUUUGCCCCUUCCAUUUCUACUGUGUAGACAAACAGGCAAUUAUUUUACAUGAAGGAAAUCAGUGAAGGAUUUCUUAUUUUCUUGGAAGUUUGUAAAAAAAAUUUGUUAUGAAAAACAAGCUUGUAAAUACUCUGUUAUUCUAUUUUAUAGUCUGAAAUCAAAUGUGUACAACCUAGGUAAGUUUUUAAAAAAACAAAUACAUAAUGUAACAAUGUAUGCAUGUUAAUAUCUGAUACUGUGUCUGGGCUGAUUUUAUAAUAAAAUAGAGUCUGGAAUUCUAUAUUUGGUAAAUAUUUUAAAGACAACCAGAUGCCAGCAUCAGAAGUUUGUUUGAGAACCAAGAGAACAGAAAUAUCUAUGAUAAGAUAUAAAAUAUUUAUUUAAAAAAAUCAAGCCAUUGUUUUAUUAUAUUAGCUUAGGUGAUGCUUUCAUACCUUAAUAAUAGGUAAGUUUGACAUAUUUCUCCUUUUAUUUUGACGAUGAACUUGCAUUCUAAUCCAGUAACGUUAAUGGAUUCCAAUAGUAAAAAAUGCCAAUCUGCCAUUCUUAUGGUUUUCACACUAUUAAAAAUAUUACUUUUCUGACACUUACUGCAUAAACAUUUAUGGCUUUGGGAGUGUUCAGACUUUUUAAAAAAUUAGAGGAAUAGAAUAUAUAUACAUAUAUAUGAUAUACAAUGCUUUACUAGAGCUACUAUGAUAAUAUGAUACCAGAAAUCAGUGAAAGACUUGAAUACAUCAGUGAAGAAGAAUUGUCAGAACAUUUAGGGAGUAAUUAAAUUAAGAUGGAAGAAAGCCUUGCUAAUGAAUUAAAGUGACAUUUAAAUGGGAUUCAGUUGUUCCCCUAAUGUUAUUUUCCACUGAAAUUUCUGAAAAACAAAAAUGCCUUCAAUUAGUAAAAUUCAAUUUGAGGAGGACAAGUUACUAUGUGUAUGUGCUUUUCUAGUGUGUCAAUUUGCUUAAAAUGGAUUAAACUAAUGACUGAGUAAUCAUAGAUUCUUUCUUAACUGUCGAUAGAUUUGUGAGUUCCGACGUCAUUUGUAAUUGUCCAGGAAAAUUAUCUAAAUUAGUAAGAACUAAGAGAUUAAAUGGCUUGGUCAAUAUAUUUAUAAUUCAUCUGUACACAUGCAAAGAUUUUGUCGUUUGUUUCUAAAUUUAUGGAUUUUACAGCAAGCUGUCACAGAAAGGAAUGCAGGCUGUUCUAGACUUGCCACUGUCUAAAUAAUACAAAAAUUCCUUUAAAUAAACUCACUGUUUAGCUACUUAUUCUUCAAAGAUUCAAAUCCUUUGCUUCAUACUGCUCACACAUUUCCACAUUCUUCCAGACAAACUGUCAAGUCUCAACCAUAAAUGACAGUAGAAAAUUCUGUCAAAUUCUCCAUGAGCAUUACAGUAAAAUUUAACUGUCAUUUUCCAGUGUUUCUUUUAUUCUGUUUUUUUAUCAUAUUAAAUUUAGAUCAGAUUUCUUUUAUGGCUCACAAUUGUUUAGUGCACAGGUUUUAGAUGAAGGCAUCCAAUAAUUACUCAGUUUUGUAGCCAUAUUUUCUUAUGAGUAAUAUUUUCAAAUAUUAGACUUCUCUAAAGCUGAAGUGAUAACUAGGAUCUCCUUUAUAUCUUACUUAUAAAGAAAAGAUAAAAUAAAUACUUUUUAAAGCCAAAUUUUUGGGGCAGCUAAACACUAAUUUGGGGAAUUUCUACCUUUCAGAAUACAGAUCUGCUACUUUUCUGUAAGUACUUGUGUAAGUCAGAUUUUAAUUAAAAAAUUCUAGUUUGUCCUUUUUCAUUUUCUAAAGCUAUUUUCCAGUGAAUUCAUUCAUAAAAUAUCCAUUCUGGAAUUUGGUGUUUGCUCAAAUGUAACGCAGUGUGUACAUAGUAUUAGUGGUAGGUGUAGUGCUGUAUUUAUUGGCUUAAUAAUUUUUUUAAGUGUGAACUUCAUUGUCUUUUGGUUUUAACCUGCUAAUAGAAACCACCACUUCUUUUAUCUGUAAGUCACAAACAAGAUAUUUUGAUCAAUUAAAAUAAGUCAUAUUAUGUCCACUUAAUGUACAUCUCUAUUUUUUGAUUGUAUGAAAAUAUUAAAGUUAUGAGUUAAAGUUGA